AUGUCCCACGGGAUCUACUACGACUGUGAGCAACGAGGAGGCCAACCACUAGAGUUCCCAGGCAGCCGAACUGGGCCAGGAGAGCUGGGGGACAUGUGUGACCACGAGGCCUCCAUCGAUCUGUCAGCCUACAUUGAAUCCGGGGAGGAACAGCUCCUCUCUGAUCUCUUUGCUGUCAAACCACAACCUGAGCCUCGUGGGCUCAAGGGUCCUGGAACUCCUGCCUUCCCCCACUACCUCCCACCAGACCCCAGGACCUUUGUCUAUCCGGCCCAUGCCUUUGGCCCUGACCGGAAGGGCUUAGGGCCCAAUUCCUAUGGCCCAGCAGAGGGCUAUGAUCCACGGGCAGUGUCCGUGAAAGAAGAGCCUCGGGGGCCAGAGUGUGGGAGAAGCUCUAGCCGAGGUAGCUACAACCCACUGCAGUACCAGGUGGCACACUGUGGACAGACUGCCAUGCAUUUGCCCCCAGCUCUGGGCACACCCAACCAGCCCCUUCGAGUCCUCAAGGGACCCCUGGCUGCCGCUGCUGCCCCUCCCUGCAGUCCUCUCCUCAAGGCUCCCUCUCCAGCCGGGCCCCCCCAUAAGGGCAAGAAAGCAGUGAACAAAGACAGCCUGGAGUACCGGCUGCGGCGUGAGCGCAACAACAUUGCAGUCCGCAAAAGCCGGGACAAAGCCAAACGGCGCAUCCAGGAGACGCAGCAAAAGGUGCUGGAGUACAUGGCCGAGAACGAGCGGCUCCGCAACCGCGUGGACCAGCUCACGCAGGAGCUCGACACUCUGAGAAACCUCUUCCGCCAGAUCCCCGAAGCUGCCAGCCUCAUCAAGGGAGUAGGAUGUGGCUGA